UGGAGUGGGGCACAACGUCAGCAGAUGGCUUUAAAAGCUGAGCAGGUCACUGCUGAGGGAGCCAGCAACCGGCAUUCCCAAGGGAAGGGAGCCCGAGUGGUGCCCGCCUCUGCCGAAGAGGGAACAGUCCCACUGGACAGUGGUUAGUUGAAUCUGAAUGACAUCUCUCAAAAGGCAAUGGACUCUCAAAUAGAUGCAAAUUACACUGUGCUUUUCCUAAGGCACCAGGCAUGAGUGGAAUUGCUGCCCCCAAGUAGGAAGAAACUUCAACCCCUUUGCAAGCAGCUGCUCAGUUUGGUUGUUGGUUUGGGGGAAGCAAAGAGCCAGGAGAGCCUUGUGCUCCUGCAGAACAGGGGGUGCUGGACACACUGGGGCCAUUCACCUGCUGCUCAUGUCAUGAGAACUAUUCUUUUAAGCGGGGAUAUCUUGAAACCACAAGGAUUUCCACCUACAUUUGAAAGAUACACAGUGAAGCAUUUACCCUAAAAACAGUACAGCUGGAGCAUCUGGUUCUCUCCAGAGGGACUGUGACAGGAGUUACCUCCAGAAGCCAUUCCCAAGGUGGGACACCGAGCCACCAGCUGGAUGGGGGACAGAACAGAAAGUGGAGACUUUGACUGAGAUUUUGACUGAGGUCCAUCCCUGAGCCUGGAGGCCAUGGGAGUAUUUUGAGGGACAGUGGAAAGUGGGUUUUGCUCUGAAAUCUGCUCUGACCAUGUCUCCUCCAGUCCUUUCGGACCUGGGCUAUGUCCCCCCUGAUGGUGGAUGGGGCUGGGCAGUGGUGUUUGGAGCCUCCAUCUCCAUUGGGUUUGCGUUUACCUUUCCUAAAGCUUUCACAAUCUACUUCAGAGAGCUCCAGGCUGCUUUCAGCAUCUCCUACAGCCAGAUUGCCUGGACAACAUCCAUCAUGUGUGCUACCACCUAUGGAGGAGGUCCCAUUAGCAGUAUUUUAGUGAACCGCUAUGGCAGCCGCCCCGUGGUCAUGGUUGGGGGCCUUUUGUGUGGUGUUGGGAUGAUCUCAGCUGCCUUCUGCACCAGCAUCCUGCAGCUCUACAUCUGUGUGGGCUUCAUUACAGGAUUUGGCCUUGCUCUAAACCUCCAGCCAUCAGUGAUAAUCAUAGGGAAAUACUUUCUGAAGAGGAGACCCAUCGCAAAUGGCCUUGCUAUGGCAGGGAGCCCUGUGAUGCUUUGCACCCUGGCACCUCUCAACCAAUUCCUUUUUGAAAAUUUUGGCUGGAGGGGCAGCUUUUUAAUUCUUGGGGCAAUUUUAUUAAACUGCUGUGUGGCAGGAGCUCUCUUCAGACCCAUCGGGGCAGCCACGGCAUCUGCCAAAACCCAGGAUGCUCUGACAGGAAAGAUCACUGAAGAUGCCAUGGAAAUGGGUAGUCCCAAAAAUGUCCCCAUGGAGAAUAAAACAGAAGAAGGAGGAAAGGACUGUUGUGAAAAAAUCAAUCAGUACCUCGAUUUUUCCCUCUUUAAACACAGAGGGUUCUUGAUUUACCUGAUCGGAAACGUGCUCAUGUUCCUGGGUUUCUUUGCCCCCAUUGUUUUUCUGGCACCCUAUGCAAAGCACACUGGCAUUGAUGAAUAUUCAGCUGCUUUCCUCCUCUCAAUCCUUGCCAUCGUGGAUAUGGUUGCUCGACCCACCACUGGCAUCAUUGCAAACAGCAAAUGGGUGAGGCCGCGCAUUCAAUACUUCUUCAGCUUUGCCAUUGCUUUCAACGGUGCUUGUCACCUCCUGUGCCCUCUGGCUUCCAGCUACACGGGGCUCGUUGUCUACUCCAGCUUUUUCGGCCUGGCCUUUGGCAUGGUCUGUGCCAUGCUCUUUGAAACACUGAUGGACCUGGUGGGAGCUGCCCGGUUCACAAGCGCCGUCGGCCUGGUCACGAUCGCGGAGUGCUGCACCAUCCUGCUGGGACCACCUAUUGGAGGAACUCUUAUUGAUACCUUUGGGGACUAUAAAUAUAUGUUCAUUAAAUGUGGAGCUGUGAUGGUCCUGGCAGGAACCUUCCUGUUCAUCAUGAAUUAUUAUAAUUACUGUAUGCUUGCCAAGGAGGAAAAGGAAAAAAAGACAAAAGAAGAGGAUCCUAAAUCUGUAAGGACAGAAAAUGAAGGCAGAAAUAACUGGAACAAAGACACCACACAGGUUGGAUCUGAGCUGGAACCCUUAAGAGAGGAACAAGAAGGAGUAAAGAAGGAAAUAAAUGGCACAAAUGAAGUUUAAACCUGUUCUCAUAGGCUGAACAAGAAAUGACUUCUGGGUUUCUUAAGUGAGCACCUGCUGUGAAAUCACAAUAGGUUUUUAAAUUUUGCUCUAUCCACGUGCAUUGUCUUCAUUUGUUGUUGUAGGAGAAAACUAGAACAGAAUCAAGUCUUGAUUCUCAUAAAGUGCUGGGGCACUGUGCAGUAUCCAUUUGCAUACCAAAGGUCCUGCAAUAUUAUUUUCCUUUAGCUCAGAGGGGCUGAGUUGGGGUAUAGCUGACACCCUGUUGUUAUUCCCUGUACUACAGCUGCACUCAGGGAAAAGACCAGAAAGGUGAUGUUAUGUAGGAGGCCAGGACAAGGCCAACAUACUACAGGAGUCCUUCUUCAAGUGCUUUGUCUGUGUGGGGCAGAAAUUUAGUUUUAAAGGGCUUAAACUUUGAUCUGCUUUCAAACAGUGCAAAUUGAAAUUUACCCUGGGAGGCUACAAAGUCCUUAUUAUCCAAUUUCUGAGUGCCUUACCAUUUUUAGCAUGCUUUUUCUUUACAACACCCUGGUGAGGCAAUAAGUGCUGCUACUAUUAAUUAAUUGUACAAAUGAAAGACUGGAGCACAGAGGAGCUAUGGGCAUCAUUGCAUCAGUGAAUAAAGCUUAGACAUGCCAGAGCUGAAAUGGGGAUCCACUGCCCUGAGCUGGAUGCCUAAAAGCCCUGCUGAGCACAGGUAUCCUGUGCUAGAAAAUAGGGAAUACCAUGGAUAGUUGUGCAUUAAACCACAGCCUUCUCUGCAAUGCAGUCUGCUCACUGUGUGCCUCAUGCUACUCAGGAUUAGUGAUUUUAAACACUGUCUCAGAGCUGCAACCUUGUGCCAUUUUUUAACCUGGUUAAGUUGCAUCCAUCCUGGAGGGAAUACAAACACAGCUGCCUCCCCCUUGUUUUGGCUGGGAUAGGCACCUCCCUGGUGCUUGCACUGCAAUACCUGCUGGCCUCAUGCCAUCCUGUGGAAUUAAAUAAAUUUCCCCAGGUCAGUGAUGCAGAGGUGGAGCUGAGGCCACGCAGGAGACUGUCAUCCUGUGGUGAUAAUUUUGAGGUGGGAAGAUCAGGACUCUGACUGAUGUGUUUUAUAUUAAGCAGCUGUUGCCCAGGAGCCAUGGGUGCUGAGCAUGGCAUCAUGCUGUUGAGUGCAUCAGACUUUUGUGGAUUUAACUCCAAGUGACUAGAUAAAAAAUAGGACUUUUCAAGUAGGUCACUCAAAUCUGAAGUCAACACCAGUCCAAAGGCUAGCUCUCCUUUUAAUUUACUUCGAUGGUGCCCAUAUGUGAUCAGAUAGUAUUUUUUUCAUGACUUUGUCACUGAAAAGCUCUAUUUAAUUAUCACUUGUGUACACACUGUGAAGAAACCCAUGCAAAAAUACUUUCAUAAAUACACUGUACUCUUGAAAUACAUCCUCUUGUACAAAACCUUUUCUGUGAAAUCUUUUAUUUUGCUGAAGAAUAGUGGUCUUUGGCCAUUGUCUUCAGUAGGACUUAAAUUUUAUCCUUAUGUUAUAUCUUGUAUUUUCUCUGAAAAAAACCCAAAGUCUAUAUGAUAUAUUCAGGCCUUUGGUGCUGUGUUUUUAAUACCCUUUAUUUCUGUCAAAUCUACCUGCCAUAUUUCAGUAAAAAAGGCAUUGAAAGAGGUGAACAUUUUCCAAUAUGCCUUCUGGAAGCUUUCAUAUACUUAAUAAAACUAUUUUUAAAAAUGAAACGGA